CUGUCUGUCGGUCUUCGGUGUCCUCAGCUAGAAGAGGAGCCAUGGAUUGGUUUCACCAACUCUCGUUCAUGGUUGCUUCCGUUUUCAUCCCACUCGCUCUCUUAUCGUUCUUCUGCAUGAGAAGCGGACGAAAGCUUCUGCUGCCGCCAGGGCCGCAGCCGCUACCGAUUAUCGGCAACAUGCUCAUGAUGGACCAGCUGACUCACCGCGGCCUCGCGAGGCUUGCCGAGAGAUACGGCGGCCUCUUCCACCUCCGCCUCGGCUCCCUUCACGCCGUCGUCGUGUCCACGCCGGAGAUGGCCCGGCUGGUGCUGCAGGUGCAGGACGCGUCGUUCUGCAACCGCCCCGUCACCGCCGCCAUCGCGUACCUCACCUACGACCGUGCCGACAUGGCCUUCGCCAACUACGGUCCCUUCUGGCGCCAGACGCGCAAGCUCUGCGUCAUGAAGCUCUUCAGCCGCAGGCGCCUCCAGUCGUGGGCGUCGGUCCGCCAGGAGGUCGACUCUGCCGUCCGCUUCGCCGCUAGACGGAGCGGGUCGUCCGUCGAUGUCGGCGAUCUGGCCUUCACCCUCGCCAAGAACGUCACCUUCAUGGCAGCUUUCGGGGCGCAGAGUCACGGGAACCAGGGCGAGUUCGCCGGCAUACUGCAGGAGUACUCGAAGCUUUUUGGGGAGUUCAACAUCAGCGACUUCCUCCCAUGGCUGCGGUGGAUGGACUUGCAGGGCAUCGACAAGAGGCUGAAAGUGGCAAGGCAAGCGAUCGAUCGCUACAUCGACGUGAUCAUCGACGACCAUUUGGCCAACCCGAAGGAGGCGGAUGCGCAGGACGCCGACAUGGUUGACGGCAUGCUUGCAUUUCUUGGGGAUUCUGGUGACACUAACGAGGGUGGCGAUCUCCAUGGUGAUCUAAGCCUCACAAGAUCUAACAUCAAGGCGAUAAUAAUGGAUGUGAUGUUUGGUGGGACGGAGACGGUGGCGUUGGGCAUAGAGUGGGCCAUGGCGGAGCUACUCAAGAGCCCCGAAGAGCUGAAACGAACGCAACAGGAACUGGCGAGCGUCGUCGGCCUCCACCGGAAAGUGGACGACAGUGACCUUGACAAGCUCCCCUACCUCAAGUGUGCCGUGAAGGAGAUGCUCCGUCUCCACCCUCCCCUCCCCCUCCUCCAACACCAGGCUACUCAGGACUGCGAGCUCGCCGGGUACUUCAUCCCCGUCGGGACAAGGGUGUUCGUCAACGCGUGGGGCAUCGGCCGGGACCGGGACGCGUGGAAGAGCCCCAACGCGUUCCGGCCGUCACGGUUCGCCCUGGGAGGCGACGCCGCGGCGUUCGACUUCCGAGGGAGCUGCUUCGAGCUUCUGCCGUUCGGGUCGGGGCGGCGGUCCUGCCCGGGCAUGCAGCUGGGGCUCUACGUGCUGGAGCUGGCGGUGGCACAGCUGCUGCAUUGCUUCGACUGGAGCCUGCCUGCCGGAACGAAGCCCGGUGACUUGGACAUGGGCGAUGUGUUUGGGCUCACUGCGCCCAAAGCAGUAAGGCUGAUGGCUGUCCCAACUCCGCGCCUCACUUGCCCGCUCCUAUAAGAAGCUUGCUUCUCUCCCGCGCGGCACUCUCGUUAUAAUUGAGAUAUUGUUCCUCGUUAAUUGGCCUAUGAACAUGCAGCUGAAACAUCUCAAUUGUGCCUUUGUUAUGCAACUAUUAAGCUUUUACUCCU